AUGUUGCCCACAUACACCAUGUCGGCACAUCUGUGCAAGCAGAUCUACUCGUCCUGGCGCCAGGCUAGACAGUCCUCGCCGGAUUCCAGCCCGCUGCCGUCCCCUCCGACCAGCAUCGGCACGGCGGCUUACUUACCACGGCCGGCCUCGCCCACCAGGAAGCACUCCAUGGCCAGCGGCCGUGGCGAGCCCACACACCCGACUCUGACACGGCAGACAUCCGGCUCCAACUGGCGACUGGGCUCUCGCUAG